CUCCUAAACAAGCGCGCGGAAAUCAACUUAUUUCAGAACUAAGAAGAAGUGAAAUUACGAAAACAACAACAUGGAGCUAGAAGACAACAAUAAAAGCGCCACAUGUGCAAGUAAUAAAGAGCAGAGAGUCAGUUUCCCUCAAGUUACCGUCGUCGUUACGCGGUGGACGCUGGACUUCCUGUUCGUGAGUUUGUGUCGGUAUUUUAAGGAGGACAAACUUGAUGAAUUUAAUGACACGCUGUCCAACUACGAGGCUAUUUCUCAGAGUCCACCUCUGAAGGAAGCCACUGAUGAUGAGAAAAUAAGGAUUUGUGCUUUCCUUGCGAGAGUCAUGCAUGGAAAGCAAUUGGAUGUCAUGUUUGAGGAGGACAAACGAGUGAUACCUCUGAUGUCUGCCGCGAAAAUCUGGUCGGACCUGGAAGACACUGUGGCAGACAAAAGCUUGUUCAAAAAUGUAACAGUCCUUUUGCUUGUCCAGUCUGUGGCUGUGUGCUUGGAGAAAGGCCAAAGAUCCUCUGCCUACUCUGCCCUCAAGUGGUUUGAAGAAAACCAUGCUUUCCCAAAGAGCUUGCGAGUUCAGCUGUCAGCAGUGGUGACCGAGAGGGAAACUUAUCACCCGCUUCUCGUGACCUUCAGCUUCAGCCGCUUGCGGGAGACGAUCCAAUCCUACCUGGAUGAGUACUUGGAGAAGAAUCCAUCAGACUACCUUCUAAAGGAAGCCACUAAGGUGGCCCAGUCACAACAGAACGCUGAAGAUUUGGAGGAUGAGGAGACAUUGGAAAGCACUCGGACAGAAAUGAGCAACGAUUCAACAGAUGAUACAAAGAAAAAGAAAAACACGGGUCGUGUGAGAACAAAACGGAAACUCCUGUCCACUAAGAUUACUGAUGUAUGGAAACCUGACUCAUGCAAAAAGGCUGUGGUCUCCAUCAGAAGAAUCUCGGAUCAUGAGUUAUUGAAGAUGUCAUCAGAGAAGUCCUUCAACACCUCAAAGAUGGAGAAAACAAGAAAAGCACGUCGGAAAUGGACGAAGAACCUGGACCAAAAACUCAAGGAUGGUGUUAAACGUCACGGCAAGGGGAAUUGGUCUCGCAUAUUACUAGAUCAUGACUUUGGAGGACGCACAGGCACCAUGCUUAAAGACCGCUGGAGGAUUUUAUUGAAGGCACGUGAAGUCAGCUAAAGGAGGGCAAUGCCUUUCUAACUUGUACUAUGUAGCAAUGAGCUUGUAAUUCAAACAUUUCUUAAGCUGGUCCUCUCAUCCAACCCUUUCUACAAUGUUUUUGUGUGUUAUAUGAUGCUGCUUUGUUUGCACUAAAAACAAAAUACCACUAGAGGGCACUCAACAGAGAAAUUAAUUUUUCAAUGUGGUUUUGCCUUCUACGGUAGAAUGCUUGUGAUAGUUCUGAAAUGUAAACUGUGUUCGCCAACUUGUACAAAGUAGUUUUUUUUUAAAUAUUUGAGUUAAAAUUUCCUUCAGUAUUUAUUGACCUGUUUCAGUCCACAGUCUAAACUGUUCCCAACUGUUUGCUUUGUGGUGUGCUUGCUGCUCUGUUUUCACAAAUGAAAUGUCCAUUGAUCAGACCACCAGGGGGCGCUAAACACUUGAUGAUUAACUGGGUAGUUUGCAUGUUAAUAUGACCUCAUUGUUAUGUUGUUAAGCAAAAAUCUUAUCUGAAUGUAAAAUAUAUACUUUUUUAUUAAGUUACAUAUUUCUGACAGAAAAUUGUAAAUAGAAUAAAACAAAUAGCUUGUUUCAAUAAAAUAUGUAGAUCAA